CUUGUUAUAAAUUGCAAACCCAUUAUGAAUAUCGAUCCUCCAUUUGUUGUCUUUGAAAAUUUUUUUGGUUGUCGACAUUGUCAGCAUCAAAAUAUGGAUAUGAGCAGAGAGCGCGCUUCGGCGUCUCCAAGGCGAAACUUUAGGGCUAGGAGAAAGUCUUCGAAUACUGCCUCUUCGAGAGCAAAGUCGGGAGCGCGCAAGGUGAGCCGACGAGGGCCUGACGUUGGGGAAGAGACGAAGCCGCAAAACGACGACUACACUGAUACAAGGAGAAGUCGUUUCUUUCUGCAAUGGCAAUGGCAUCACAACUUUGGAUUUCGUUUCAUUCUGUUUCUAGUACUUUGCCCCAUGUGGAUCGCGAUAUUGUGGAAUCAGUAUGCAGCACGAAAAGAACACGCUUGGAUGCUGACGCCACCUAUCUCCUUGACUAGCCAUGACAAUACAUUUCGACAGUGGGUGGCGACAUGCGGUUUCACAUCCUCCUCAUUCUUUGGAAUCCUGCUUUUCGCACCCAAAUGCGUAGAAAAAUUGCACGAGCGGGUAGACGAGUUUUUUCAUGGUGUUCAUGUUGUUGUUGGUAAAAGGACUAAAGAAAAUGAUGUUGCCAUGCCUAUGCUGAGUAGUAAGCGUGGAAAAGUAGCCGCGUUUGACGCUCCACAGCCACGGGGUUUGCUAUUCAAGAUCGCAUUGCGUGUGAUGUCGAUUUACCGGUCCUGCUCUAAGCGCCACACGAAGUCUGAAAGUUAUGAUACAAAAGAUAGUUCUUCUUGUGCGUCGUUCUUGAACGAAUCAUCGUUGAUGUCUAGAUUUCCAGAAAUUGCUUUCAGGGCCUUCGUAUUUUGUGAUUCAUGUUGCAAGUAGGUGAAACUUGGAGUUUUCUAAGUUAGAUCUGCGUCCUCGCACUCAGACCCCGAUGCGCAAUGGCACGAGGUAGUCAACAGUGUAGCAGCAGCCCUGGUUGUCGGUUUCUUCGGGGUGGCUUGGCAGAGCUGGUUUCCUGUUCAACGUAACCGGAUCGCCACUCCGGAGUGGAAUGAGGUGGAAACUACCACCCUAUUGCAUCGUGUCGGAACGUCCCUCAUGUAUAGUGGCAGUGUUAGUAGCCAGCUGUGGGCGCAGGGAAUUUUGUCGGCUCUUAGAUUGCAGGAGAAUCGUGAACCGAAAACUCGCUUUAGUAAGCAAGGAAGCAGACUCGAUUUCAUGUGCGACAUUUGGGCAUCGCGAAUUCGCAAAGGUUCUGUUUGCUUAAUUUUGUUUACAGGCACGUUCUUAGCGGUUUUCGGCGCAUAUUCUAGAGUGAGCAACGCACGACCGGAUUUAGUAGUGCCGUUGUCAAAGUGGGAAUUUCUCAACUUUAUGGGACUAGGACAGUAUCUCUUCGUGUUGUCACUGUGUCUCUUCAUCGUAACACUUUCUGUUGAACUUCGCUAACGCAAGUAUCUGUGAACGCGAUUUGUAUGAAAAGAAAGUUGAUUUUUAUUGCGAGAGUCAAAAUAAAUUUGAGUAUGCACACUUCUGAACGAACAAAGUUGCUACAUCUAAGGAGAGAACGAGAUUAAACUACUCAAUUCUCUUUGGCAAGCAGUUGAGUGAAGAUUGAAGAUAAC